AUGGACGAAAAUGAAACAAUAAACCAUAAUAAUACUAAUUCAAAACAACAUGCUGCUGGCCCACAAGCAUCAACUGUGACAAUCGCACCAAGUGAUGCACGUACUGGCGGGCGUGGUCCAGGUUUAGCAUCAACAACAAUUGAAAAAUCUAAUGAAACAACAACAUCAACAUCAGCGGCUGCUACUAGUAGUUCCGGUCCCAAUGCCAUGCUUAUGGUUGGACCCAAUUUUCGUGUUGGAAAAAGAAUAGGAGCUGGAAAUUUUGGAGAAAUUCGUUUAGGAAAGAAUUUGUAUAAUAAUGAACAUGUAGCGAUUAAAUUAGAACCUAUGAAAUCUCGUGCACCACAACUUCAUCUUGAAUAUCGAUUUUAUCGACAACUUGGAACUUGCGAGGGUGUGCCACAAGUACAUUAUUUUGGACCAUGUGGAAAAUAUAAUGCAUUAGUUGUCGAAUUACUUGGACCCUCACUUGAAGAUUUAUUUGAUAAUUGCGAUCGUAAAUUUACACUUAAAACCGUCCUUAUGCUUGCUAUACAAUUAAUUACACGGAUGGAAUUUGUUCAUUCAAAAAAUUUAAUUUAUCGCGAUGUUAAACCUGAAAAUUUUCUUAUUGGACGUUCGUCUACACGUAAACAACAUUUAAUUCAUAUUAUUGAUUUUGGAUUAGCUAAAGAAUAUAUUGAUCCCGAUACUGGUCGACAUAUUCCAUUUCGUGAACAUAAAAGUUUAACUGGAACUGCGAGAUAUAUGAGUAUUAAUACUCAUCUUGGAAAAGAACAAAGUCGUCGAGAUGAUCUGGAAGCAUUGGGGCAUAUGUUUAUGUAUUUUUUACGUGGCAGUUUACCGUGGCAAGGUUUAAAAGCGGAAACAUUAAAAGAGCGUUAUCAAAAAAUAGGUGACACGAAACGUGCAACGCACAUUGAUGUAUUAUGUCAGAGUCAUCCUGAAGAAUUUGCUAAAUAUUUAAAAUAUGUACGAAAUUUAGAUUUCUUCGAAACUCCAAAUUAUGAAUAUUUAAGAAAAUUAUUUAAAGAUUUAAUGGAUUCAAGAAAUUAUGUUUGUGAUUAUAAUUUUGAUUGGGUAGAAAAAAUGCAAAAAUUAACAAAUAAAACUCCUACUAGUAAUUCUCAAUAUCCAAUAUCAACUCAACCAGAAACAUCAUCUAGUCCAGCUGUGCGACAACUUAGUAAAACGGGCAAAGAUGGUUCAGAAUUUUUAAAUGUACAGCCUUCACCAUCAACACGACAAAUACAUGAAUCAAUACAGCCAACAAAUACACUUGAUGGAGAUAUUGUUCCAGAGCAAACACGUAUUAUUGCACCAUCAUCUCCGCCUACUGUUGAUGUUAUUAGUGAUACAAAGUGCUGUUGUUUUUUUAAUCGUCGUACAAGACAUGCAAAUAAUAAACAAACGAGAAAAUAA